GUUGAAUUACAAAAAUAUCUCCUAUGUGCGGCCUACUGCCUAAAUCUUAAACUUGUUUGAUUUUCACUAUUUUUUAAUUUUUACCAUAAAUUUGAACACCAAAUAAAACAUAUAAUUCCAUGGUAGGUUUGUGCUGUUCACAUUUUCAGCCAAAAAUCGUAAUUAUUUAGAACCUGCAUUAAACUUCAAGUUUCAGCAACAGACAACACCAUAAUCACCAUAGCUUUUUGUUUUGUGGCAAUUUCUAAAUUUUGGCAUGGUUGAUCUUUGCUAUACCGAGUGAUUAACCGUUUUCUGGAUUUUAUUAUGAAAAUGGAGUGGAAACCAGAACAAGAAGGAUUACGGCAAAUUUUAACACUACUCAAAGAGUCACAGUCACCCGACACAGCUACACAACGAGCAGUUCAACAAAAAUUGGAAGAACUGAACAAGUACCCGGACUUCAACAACUAUCUGAUAUUCGUUUUAACUAGACUGGUAACUGAAGAAGAACCAACAAGGUCACUAAGUGGUUUGAUAUUGAAAAAUAAUGUCAAAGCUCAUUACAACAGCUUUUUGCCUGAAGUAGCAGAAUUUAUAAAGCAGGAAUGUUUAUCUGCUGUGGGAGAUCCAUCCCCGUUAAUUCGUGCAACAGUUGGUAUUAUCAUCACAACUAUUGCUAGCAAAGGAGAAUUGACAUCCUGGCCUGAACUACUACCGUCAUUAUGUCAAAUGCUUGAUUCACAGGACUAUAAUGUUUGUGAAGGAGCAUUUGGAGCACUCCAAAAAAUUUGUGAGGACACAGCAGAGUUACUGGACAGUGAUGCUAUGAACAGACCUUUGAAUGUCUUAAUACCAAAAUUUCUGCAAUUCUUUAGGCAUACUUCUCCUAAAAUCAGAUGUCAUGCUAUUGGAUGUGUAAACUAUUUUAUCAUGGGCAGAACACAAGCACUAAUGAUGCACAUAGAUGCAUUUAUUGAGAAUUUAUUUCACUUAGCUGCUGAUGAGGAUCCAGAUGUUAGAAAGAAUGUUUGUCAUGCACUUGUGCUGUUGUUGGAAGUUCGACUUGACAGACUCAUUCCACAUUUGCCCAAUAUUAUAGAGUAUAUGUUGGUGAGAACACAAGAUCCGAAAGAAGGAGUGGCUUUAGAAGCCUGUGAAUUCUGGCUCGCGCUUGCCGAACAAAAUGUUUGUCGAGAGGUACUUGGUCCUCGACUACCCGCCUUGCUGCCAGUGUUAGUUCGCGGCAUGCGCUAUUCAGAGAUGGAUGUUAUCCUGCUACGUGGUGACCGGGAUGAUGAUGCAGACGACGCAGAACCAGAUCGCGAAACCGACAUCAGACCCCGCUUUCAUAAACCACGUUCCCAUACCAUCAAACAUAAUGGAGCAGGAGACAGCACAAUGUCAGGUGGUGGAGAUUCUGAUACGGAGUCUGAGGGCGGUGGCGACCCUGAUGAUGGAUCCGUUUCGGACUGGAACUUGCGCAAAUGUAGCGCAGCCGCACUAGACGCUCUCGCCAACGUUUUUGGUGCUGACCUUCUGCCCGUGCUCUUCCCGAUACUCAAGGAGACCUUAUUCCAUGACGAUUGGGUCAUCAAAGAGAGCGGUAUUUUGGCAUUGGGCGCUGUAGCGGACGGCUGCAUGGGGGGCAUGGUGCCGCACCUGCCGGACCUGGUGCCGUAUCUGGUGUGUUGCCUGCCCGAGAGCAAGGCGCUCGUGCGUGCCAUCACUUGUUGGACCCUCUCACGCUACUCGCACUGGAUCGUAUCGCAGUCGCACGAUCUCUACCUCAGACCUGUCCUCACAGAGCUGUUGAAACGAGUACUCGACAACAAUAAACGUGUCCAAGAGGCUGCUUGUUCUGCCUUCGCGACAUUAGAGGAAGAAGCUUGCACAGAGCUAGUGCCAUACCUUGGCUACAUUCUGCAGACUCUCGUGUUCGCUUUCAGUAAAUACCAACACAAGAACCUGCUCAUAUUGUACGACGCAAUCGGAACUUUGGCAGACUCGGUUGGUCACCAUCUCAACAAACCGGAAUAUAUAAACCUCUUGAUGCCACCUCUAAUAAAUAAAUGGAAUGUACUCAAGGAUGAAGAUAAAGACUUAUUCCCGUUACUAGAGUGUUUAUCAUCCGUAGCUACAGCUCUACAGUCCGGUUUUUUGCCAUACUGUGAACCUGUGUUCAGGAGAUGUGUUUCCUUAAUAGAACAGACAUUAAAUCAAAACAUUGCAAACAGUCAAAGUCCUGAGCAGUUUGAAGCCCCGGACAAAGAAUUCAUGAUUGUUGCACUGGACUUGUUGAGUGGCUUGGCUGAAGGAUUAGAUGGACAUAUCGAGCGACUGGUUCUAAAUUCAAACUUAAUGCAGCUACUUUAUCAGUGUAUGCAAGACCCUAUGCCUGAGGUUCGUCAGUCUUCAUUCGCGUUACUCGGUGAUCUCACAAAAGCGUGUUUCCAACACGUCCUACCGUACAUACCAGAAUUUUUACCCAUUCUCGGAGCAAAUCUCAAUCCUGAACUUAUAUCUGUGUGCAAUAAUGCUACCUGGGCUAUAGGCGAAAUUAGUAUUAAACUAGGUCAAGAAACAUCGAAGUAUAUUCCCUUAGUACUUAAACAUUUAGUUGAAAUCAUCAAUAGGCCUAACACACCAAAAACUCUCCUCGAAAACACAGCGAUUACUAUCGGUCGGCUAGGUUAUGUGUGCCCCCACGACGUCGCACCCGUAUUACAUCAAUUUGUACGCCAGUGGUGCACGUCGCUGCGGAACAUCCGAGACAACGAUGAGAAGGACUCUGCGUUCCGCGGCAUCUGUCAGAUGAUCCAAGUGAAUCCGGCGGGAGUGGUGCCCGACUUUCUGUUCUUCUGCGACGCCGUCGCCUCCUGGUCGCAUCCCAAGGACGACCUCAAGGACAUGUUCACGGAGAUCCUGCACGGCUUCAAAAACCAGGUGGGCGACGAGAACUGGCGCCGCUUCACGGAUCAGUUCCCCGUGCAGCUGAGCGCGCGGCUGUCGGCCAUGUGCGGCAUCUAGGGUGCACGCCCCGGUGCCCUGUUAUGCUUCGAGCCAGCUGUCGGCGCGUCAGAUCGGCAUUUAGUUUUAGGUUCCCUUUGCCGAUUUGUUUUAAUCGCGGUGUUGUUUGGAGAUGUUUGAGGUCGAUGACAUCUUGACGUGUGGCUUCGAUCAACAGAACGACGGCGAUGCUGAGAUCGCAUCGUGAUUGUUUUGACUUAUGUUUUGCGCGAGUAGAGCUGAUGUCCCGUUGGACGAUUCAAAUUUGUGAUUUUUAUUAAUUAUUCGUUUGGAAUUUUAGAAUGCAUACUGCCAAAAUAUUGAAAAUAAAAAAGGCCAGUACGCAUAUUGUAGAUUUUAGUGUGAUAUUUUGACAAUAGUAUUGGUCUGUUAAUAAUUUUAACUUUUUUGUAAAUUUGGGACAUCAGCUCACGAGAGCUAGACUGGCUUACGUACACAAAGACACAUACAAGUAGUAUCAAUCAAGUAACAGAAACCUAUAUUUCCGUUAAUUGGAAAUUUAGUGAAUGUAUAAUAUUCAUUGUUCGAUGUAUUAUGUAUACUAUCUGCGGAAAACAUAUAUAAAUUAAUUUUAAGCCUUUAUGGCGAACAUAAUAUAUUAUACAAGAACAGUGAGCCCACCCCUGGCUCUCGUUGCUCAUUUUUCAAAGUUCAAAGCAUGUUGCAAAUAAAAUUGAAAUUUAUAUUAUUUUUCAAGUACUUUCUUCGGGUUCCGCGAGUCGUAGACAUAAGUUUGACUAUUUCUACCGUUUAAGCUCGCGUUUACCAUUUUGGUCAUAAAACAUGGAUAACAAUAAAAAAAUAUUUUCUUUUUUUUUUAAAUUAGAAUUCUUAUGGCUAUUUUGUAUCAAAAUUUAAUAUCUAAGUAUUUUUAUUGUGACAACUGCAAAAUGCUCUAUGUGAAAUGAAAUUAAAAUGUAAUAAUAUUUUUUUAAAUAUUUUGUGCAAAGGCCAUAUAAGAGUUAUGUAAAGCUAUAAUAAUUAUAACAAUAAUAUGUCUGAAUGUCUCGCACAAUGAUUUUAUUGUAAAAUGCUUUCGAUUAAAACUUUUUAUUAAAUGUAUCAAGUUGUAUAUCUCUAAAUAUCUGAUCGUUGUAUAAUUAUCAGAGAUAGAGAGCAGCUUUUGUACACAAUGAAAACUUAAACAUCCUUUAUGUAGUGUCGGAGUAGGACGUGUUCGCUCGAUGCAAUUAGCUCCUUCCUGAAGACUCGUGCAAUCGCUCUAAUGGUCGGCGUCGUCGACGUAAUUAUAUGUAAAUGUAACAAGCCAUUUUAGAAAAUGGCAAUAUUAUAAACACGUUGCACGUAAUCUAUCUUGUUUCUAACACUAAAUUUUUUGUUGCAAAUUGUAAAUUUUUAUCUUCCGAUGUCUAAUUUUUAUUCGUUCAUAAUCAGCAUUUACUCUCUCCUCCGCUACAUUUACAUUAUAUUCUAUUAAUUUAGAGCUAUAAAAUAUUACGUUUUAAAUAAUGUAUUCUUUCGAUGAACAAGACUUCGUGAAAUCGAGAAUUUAUGUAAACUGUGAUUGUGAUUUAUUUUAAAUAUAAUAUGAUAUGUACGUGUAUAUGUAUGCAUGUAUCGAAUGUAGAUAUACAGCUUUUUGAUAGACUUACGGUGGCUAGGUGUUCGCUAUGUGACAUACCAAAUAGUAUUCUUAUUUCGAUGAUCGUUUUGUGUGAGCGACGCCGGCCGCACUCGCCCGCCAUGUCGCCGCACUGGCCGCACUCGCCCGCCAGGUCGCCGCACUGGCCGCACUCGCUCGCCGGGUCGCCGCACUGACUGCACUCGCCCAUCCCGUGUUGAACUCGACUAGAUUGUAAUGCGAAUAUGUAGAGUAACGUCGACGACUCGUUCGAUUUAUAAACGAUACUAUUGACGUGUAUAUUUUACAAAUUUAAUUAUAUUAUAUAUUUAUAUAUUAUUAUGUAUGUGUAAAUACCAUGUAUAUUUAUUAUGUUCAAGUAAAAAAAAUUGUUAUUAUUUUUCUUUGUUUUAUAAAUGAAAAACUAAAAGUCUGACUUUAAAACACUUGUUAUUAUGAUACGUCAUUUAGUUCUUUCAGAUGAUUGAUCUGAAAAUUUUGUAGUUCGUGUGAACGUUAGUUUAUUUUACAAAGUGCUAUCAUAGCGUUAGUGUUCAGAGUAACAUUGUGGUUUUUCGGGGAUAUGAAAAAAAUGUCACAUUCCGAUUCGUCAAAAUUAUAGUAUUGUUUGUUGAGACGAUUGAAUUUAUCAUUGACACUUCUGAAAUAUUGUUUGAUCGCAUAAACCUCUAACAUUUCGGGGAUGUUGACAACAUUUCGAAACUAUUCAUAAUCAUAAGUGGACAUUUCAUUAUCAUGUCAAAUAUCACCAUCAGAGUGCAAUAGACACUGAUACCACCUGGUAUGGUUUUUCGUGCUGUAAGUAACCUCCCAUAGCAGAUUUAUUAGUAGAUUAGUCGUAUUAGUUUAGUAUUAUUUCGAAGAAUUCUCAACAUCUCCAUAAGCGGCCUGUAAACGAUCAAAUUUGUUUAUCAAACUUUACGUUUUCAUCAAACAAUAGCUUAAACGAUCAGACUUAAAGAUCAAACAAGUUAGUUAACUUGCCCGUAGAUUCGGUUUACUCCUUGCGGGGUAGCAAGAUGUCGUGUUGAGCAACGACGGAAAUUUUGUUUGACAAACACCCCGCCCCCCAUGCACGUUCAAACUUGUUUGUCAAACACGCCGUCAAUCAAGAUUUCCAUUAAACACGUUGACUGACAAAUGCGUCAAACAAAGCUGCACACUGUCAAAUAAUUAGACAAACACGUAAAACUUGACAAACGUUUUUUUUUCCUGCCUAUGCUGAUAGCCUUGAGAGGCUAUUUCAGCUUCACCCUAACGUGUGUAGGUGAGAUCACGGGGCUGAAACCGGAGUGUUGCUAACAUUGACCCUAGCAAGAGCAGUGUUUCGUAGAAUCUACCACCGGAUCGGAAACGCGACCGAUGACAAACAAUUUGAUCGUUUAAAGAGCGCUAUAGAUCGUAGAGCACACUCGUUGCGAGCUGUGCGCGGCCCCGGUCCUUUGAAAUCCCCCGCAGUUCCUAUCCCGAGUCCUGUCUAGUCCCGUUCCUUGUCACGUGCCAACGAGGCCGCGCGGAGACGUCGCGGUCGUCACUCCGGCUUCUCGGUACGCCCUGCGGCAUAUCGAAUAAAAAUAGUGAUGCGUAUUAUAUAUUAUUAUUCUUUUUUUAAAUAUAAAUUUGAGAUACAUUGUUUAUUUUUUAAGUAGAAUCGAUUUUUACAAAGUAUUACGGGUUUGCUCGUAAUUUUUAUAGUAAGGCUUAGUUGGUUUUUAUCGUCGCGAUAAAAAAAAAUAGGUUUUUUUUUCUCUGAAAAGAAACAGUGAUAAUAGUUUUAAUAAGUGGCUGCAUGAUUGAGUGGUUGAGGCGGCAUCGUGGGGCACUCCCUUCCUUGAGGCAUAAAAAUAUGUUAUUGAAAUCUUAUAAUUAUAUGUAGUCUUGUCGUGUGAACGAUUUUUGUGAUGUAUAAUGUCGAUAUAAUUGAACUUUGCGUCGCGCGUAGUACUUCGAUUUUGUGUUGUGCAUAUUAUUAAAGUAUAUGUGAAAUAUGUAAACAUGCAAUAUAAUGUAAACCGCGUUGUUGAUAUGCCUUCACAAAAUGUUAAUGAUAUUUUAUUAUGUAUUAUUAAUGUUUAAAAUUGCAUUAUAUAUUUAUUAUUGCUGAUCGGUAUGUUUAAUUCAAAUGUAUGCUAUUUUUAUUUAAAUUAUGAUAUAAAUAUAUUUAUAUUACAGAUUACAAAAUAAAUAAUCCACAGUAUAUACAGUCCAGUGUUGGCAUGUCACCAAUGAAAACCUGUAAUGAUAUUUGGCAAUAAAACAUCCUUAUAUUGUUUAUUAUUUUUUAAUAGUUAUAUUUUUUAAUGAAACAUGAGUUUAUCUGAUUAUACAGACGCAUAAUAUUAUUUAUUUAUAUAAAAAAAAUGUAGUUAUACUUUAUAAAUCACAUCAUUACUUCAUUCUGUGUAUUACGUUUUUCUCAAUGUUACAUUGAAGUGGCGAACGUUGAAAACGUUUAAAAGAAAUAUUUUAUACCACCUAGUUAGUGUUACUUAAAAUAUAUAUAUAGAGCUCUCACAGUUUGAGACUAUGUGGAAUUGAAAACGAUAUGGUUUUCAAAUGACAAGGAAUUAUUUUUUGAACAUCUCUCGAUGCUUUCGGCUGUGUGACCACAUGUACUCUGUACAUGACCCGAAUGAGUUUCGUAAUAUUUUACCUUCAUCAAACCAUAUCGUAUUUGUACCAAUGGACGUAUUGAACCCGCAAAAUGUUGUUGUGACCUUAUUAGUUUCACUAUGUGACACGCCGUAAGAUUUUUCAUAAAUUCAAUAGUAUGUAUAUAUAACAUGAAAAUAAAUACAAAUAAAAAUGUUUCUAUUGUAAAAUGUUCGUUUAUGUUAUUGAGUACACGUGACAGUAAUUAUUCUAUUCGUGCUCGACAUUUGGCUACUCACACAUAUAGGCCUACCGAUUGAUUGAGUUGCUUUCUGAGAUGACUGCAGUAACCGUAAGUUUUGGUACAUUUAAAUACAAAUAUAUUUUUUACUUUAAACGCAACCUAUUUGCUCAAUAUUGUAACAUUAGUUUGUAAUCUAUGUUACAUUUAUUUAAAAUUCUCUAAAAUACAUAAAAGUGGAACAGUAUAUUGUAGCUGACCCGAGAUUCGACGGAGCCGUCUACGUCAAAAUUGUUAAUACAGCUAAAGCUCCUUUAUUCGCGAUAAAUUUCUUUAUUCGCAGAUCUAAUUGGUACAUCGGUUCAUACAUAUUGGUAGGCAGCGGCUUGGCUCUUGGACUUCAUGGACGCACAUUGGACGCCCAUGGACUUGACAUGAAGUCCAUGGGCGACGGUAACCUCUCACCAUCAGGUGGGCCGUAUGCUCGUCUGCCUACAAGGGAAAAAAAAAGGAUUCCAAUAUGCAGGUAUCCAACCGAAUAUCCCUUGUAAAUGCGCUUUCCCUUUCCCUUAUUCAGUUUCUGUAUUUGCGGCAUGUUCACGGAACAUAUGACCCGCGAAUAAGAGCUCUUACCAUAAAUAUUAUUAUUAACCGAGAAAUGAAACAUAUCACAAAACCAGAUCAAACAUAUUUGAUUUGCGAUCUAAAAUAAUACUUAUUUAACAGUCCCGAUUAUAAUAUGUAUAUUGUGCAAUGUGAGAGAACAUAAUCAGCUUUUCUAACUCGUGAAUAUUUAUUUAUUAAUCAAACCGCCCGGGCGCCCCAUUCUUGUUGAACGUAAAACUGUAAAUGAAAACGCUCCGCAACUGAUUAUUCUGACGGUAGUCAAUAUUCUAGUAAACUCAAUCGAUUUUAUAUUAUGAUGGAAGUAAAAUUGAAUUAAUAUGCAAACUAUUAGAAAAUUAUUAUUGCAAUUAUUCGAUAUUCGUAAUACCUGUUUGUCUCAAUGUUUUGUUUAGUUGCCAUCGUCCGGUUUUGUUCAUGUUUAUUUACUACGAAUGUAUUUAACCUCUUCGUAAGUCAUACUACGCUUUAAUAUAUUUUUAUGUUUGUGUAUCGAAAAUUCGGAAAAGAAUGACAAAUAAGCUACUGUACAGAAAAGUACAGUUCGGAAAUUACUAUUUAUUUAUUAUUAUUUUAUUGUUUGGAUGGGUGAACGAGCUCACAGCUCACCUAGUGAUGAGUGGUUACCGUAACCCAUAGACAUCUACAACGUAAAUGCCGCCACCCACCUUGAGAUAUUAGUUCUAAGGUCAGUAUAUAACGGCUGCCCCACCCUUCAAACCGAAUGUUAUGUAUUUUAUGUUUGAUUUCGGAUGACACUUGAGGACUCUUCUAGUAUUGUUAGACCCUUCCCGGAUUGCACUUUAACUCUGGAAACAACUCAGUUAAGCGGCAGGCUUAUAGUCUAAAUAACAUAUUGGCUUUUUGGUGGCUAAUCUCCACUUGAAUUUGCCUUUGAGAACCAUAUAGAUUGUUAUGAAACGAUUUAUUUUAGUUCGUAUUCGAUUGUUUCUAAGUUGGUACUUUUACCUUAUUUAAAAACAUGUGAGAGCUAAUUUGUUCAAACGCAAAUAUUUGAGGGAUAAUUUUGCGAACCAGCGUUUUCAAUAAUCUCUAUAUUAGUACUUUAAUAAUAGACAUGAGACCACAUUGUUUGUAAAAGUUUAAAGGAGAGUGUAUUAAAAUGACCUCACAAUAGAAAUAAUUAACAAAACUAUGUUUCGUUAAUAAACUACUCAUUGUUCUA